AUGAGUUCCAGCACCAUGAGAGCCCUACAGCUCACCCGCUCCACUUCAAACUCACCACCACUCCUCCGCCUAACAACUCUCCCCAUCCCACCCCUCAAACCCGGCCACGCCCUUAUCAGAAUAGAAUACACUUCCAUCCAGCCCUCCGACCGCCUCAAUGCUGUUUGUGGCUUCCCAGACACCACCUUCCCCCGGGUCCCAGGCCGCGACUACUCGGGCGUAGUAGUCGCUAUAUCCGGGUCGACCCGUAUAUCCGAACCUGCCGCCGAAUGGUGGGUCGGCAAGCAUGUUUACGGGACGAGUGGCUCUAGUCUCGGGUUCGAAGCUGACGGGCCCCAUGCCGAGUACUGCGUUGUCCCAAACGAGGCGCUUGUCGAGAAGCCCGAUGCGUUGUCGGCGGUGCAGGCUGCGACGGUCGGGAACCCGUUCACGACUGCUUUCUUCUGUUUGCAGCGAGGGCGGGCGAAAGAGGGGGAUGUUGUGCUUGUGCUUGGGGCGAAUGGAUCUGUGGGCGCUGCAGCGGUGCAGAUUGGAAAUCUAAUGGGGUGUAGGGUUUUGACGGGGAUGAGGAGGGAGGAGGAGGGGCCGGAUGUUUUGGGUGUAGAUGUUAUUGUUGAUGUUGUGGGUGACCUGGAGUUGAUGGCGGCCGGAAUUGAAGGACUUGCAGAGGGUGGGCGGUAUGUGUGGAUUGCAGCGCCGAGGGGAGAUGUUGGCAAAAGGGUAAGUUUUGAUAUCUUCCAGGCUUAUCGGAGGAACUUGACUCUGUCGGGGUUCAACUCGGGACUGUCUUCUGUGGAGGCCAUGGCGGAAGCGCUGCGAUCGUUGGGGGGUUGGAUCGCUGCUGGACUCUUGAAAGCGCAGGAUGAGACCGCCUUUAAGAAGGUCAGUCUUGAAGAAGCGAUUGAGCUGGGAUAUGAACAGACUGGGAAGAAGGUUGUGAUCGAUCUUACUUGA